UGUCAGUUAUAAUAAAUGUCAUAUCUGAAGGUUCUAAAGAAGAAAUUUUUGUAAUAAUGGACCAUCCAAGGAUUUCCAGGUCAUUUGAGCUAAAAUCACUCAGCAGCAACUAACUUUAAAACUGGGAAACUGACGCUAAAGAAAAUUCAAUGAAAUUAAAACAUCUACUUAGACAGCUGUUAUAUAACCUGAAGAGUCUCCGUCACACUGAUGCCCAGGUCCCCACUCAUGUCAUGAGGUAAGCUCCUCUUGUCACUCAAUCUUGAUUAAUACAGGAUGACAUUUAUUCUCAAUCCCAAACUCAUACACUCACUUCCACAUUCACCGUCCCAGGAGGACACACGUACGGUCUGCCAGGGACCGCCAGCGGUAGCCAGGCAGUCAGGUAGCAGUGUGCCACCCGCUGGAGCCUCACUCAUCCACUUCCCACAUGGGCAGCUGCUAACAGUCUUUGCAGAGCAACUGGUUGAUUUCUGUCACACGAGAGUACGCCACGUCUGUUUGAAUCCAGCUUUCGAAAGAUGUUUCCCUGGUCUGCUGUUUUCUCCCUGGAGCCCAAAGUGCCGGGCCAGCGCUCCACUGAGGAGCUGGUGACCAAUACUCUGAUGCUGGAGCUGGGGGCCAUGGUGAAGCGCACUGAACGGGUCCGUUUGGAGAGGGCCACGGAGGGUCGGCGCCGCCGUCGCAGCUCCUCAUCCACGGCCGACUACAGCUGGCUGGCGAACAACCCAACCCCACAGCCCUACCAGCUCACCCCCAAUGACCUGCUGGAGCUGCAGGACCUCUGUGCCAAGAUCCCUCCAGCACAGUGUGGCCCUGCUAUUGUCAGGUUCAGGAGGCUGGUGUCUCAGAUGGAGCCGGAGGUUCACGAGGUCCCUCGGCUGUUCCGCACCGUGCUACGGGACUGUGUCGAUGAGAUAAACGAGAAUGACAAUCUUCAAACUCCCAACACUUUCUUUGAGAAGCAGCAACGCAGCAAGAGCCUGUCUUUUGUUACUUUUCGCACAAAGUUUCGCACUGGUCAGAUGUUCAAGGGCAGCGGUUUGAGAGGCUCCAGAGGGAAUCUGCAGCAGCAGGUGGACUGGUCCGAGGAGGAGUCGGACGGAGAAGGAGAGGAGGAGGCUAUCAAGGCUAGGGCCAGGAAGGGAAGGAGCAAGAGCAUGCCAGAGAUCACCCCAAUGGAGCAGAGUGCUCAUGGCUGAGGAAGCAGAUAGAAGGUUCAGAAGGACUGGUGUAGAAAAGUAGGCACGGAGGAAACAACGUGAGUCUGAACUGGUGAUAGUGAAAAUAAUCACAAAUGAAAAGAAAAGGGGUAAGGAAUUGUCAGAGAAAUAAAAAUGAAUUUUAAAAAACUUUCACUUCUGCGUCAUCUAUAGCUUUUUGUGAACAUGAGGGAAGUAUUUAAGAGAUUUCAUAAUCAUUAGUUUAACUCUACCUGCUUACGAACUUUAGUGAAACUGGUAUUAAGAUUAAUUAGAGCUGAUGGUUAAGGACAGUUUUAACCUUGCAGCAAUCCUCUGGGUAGCAGGCUAUGACACACUGACAGUAAUCAAAUUUAGAUGAUCUCCUACGUUCAUCACCACGUUAAAUAGCAGCUGUUAAAAAAACAAAAUGGUUCCGUUUUAGUUUUUCAAGUUUAAAUGGAGGUUUAGACAAGCUGACUUGACUUUGACCUGAUAAAAGUACAAGAUAUAAAAUGUUUAGAUCAAACUGGGUGCUACUACAUUUCUUGUUAUAUCCAUAAAGGA